GGCCCGGCCACGACCCGGGCCGCGAGCUGUGGAACAUCCGGGUCGCCCGCGCGCUGCCUCAGACUGCGCCCCCCUGUCCCGGCCCCUCGCCCGCCGGCCCUGGCUGGAGGGCCGCGGGAGCGGCUUCAAGAUGGACGAAGACGGCGGCGGCGAGGGCGGUGGCGUGCCUGAAGACCUCUCAUUAGAAGAGAGAGAAGAACUUUUAGACAUUCGUCGAAGAAAAAAGGAGCUUAUUGAUGACAUUGAGAGGCUGAAAUACGAAAUUGCAGAAGUGAUGACAGAGAUCGAUAACCUAACUUCAGUGGAGGAGAGCAAAACCACUCAGAGGAACAAGCAAAUAGCCAUGGGAAGAAAGAAAUUCAACAUGGACCCCAAAAAGGGAAUUCAGUUUCUAAUAGAAAAUGACCUGCUACAGAGUUCCCCAGAAGAUGUUGCCCAGUUCCUCUAUAAAGGAGAAGGCCUAAAUAAGACUGUCAUUGGGGACUACCUGGGUGAGAGGGAUGAAUUUAAUAUCAAAGUUCUUCAGGCUUUUGUUGAACUCCAUGAGUUUGCUGAUCUCAACCUCGUACAAGCCUUAAGGCAGUUCUUAUGGAGCUUCAGGCUGCCUGGAGAGGCUCAGAAGAUUGAUCGCAUGAUGGAGGCCUUCGCUUCCCGCUACUGUCUGUGCAACCCAGGCGUCUUCCAGUCCAACUUAUAUGAAAGUAUCAAGAAUGAACCAUUUAAAAUCCCAGAGGAUGAUGGGAACGACCUGACACACACAUUCUUUAACCCGGACCGGGAAGGCUGGCUCCUGAAGCUGGGCGGGCGCGUGAAGACCUGGAAGCGGCGCUGGUUCAUCCUGACUGACAACUGCCUCUACUACUUUGAGUACACCACAGACAAAGAGCCUAGGGGCAUCAUCCCACUGGAGAACCUCAGCAUCAGAGAGGUGGAAGACCCACGGAAACCUAACUGCUUUGAGCUCUACAUCCCUGACAAUAAAGACCAAGUCAUCAAAGCCUGUAAGACAGAGGCUGAUGGCCGGGUGGUGGAGGGAAAC